AUGUUUUAUCCGUUGGUGCGGCGCCGUGGCGGCCUCCCGGGUUUAGGAGGCGAGGGGUUCGCCGAGCGCCCCGCCCGCGGCCCCCACGGAGACCGCAGACAGCGCACCCUCACGUCUCUGUUUGGGUUCGGCCUCCUGGGCCGUUUCUGUGGGCGUGGCGUCAUUUUUGGCGGGGGUUCUGCGAUUCUUCGCGUUUCUUCCGCCCUCGGGGGCGCGGUGGGUCGGGGGGCCGUUUGCCGGAAAGGGGGGUCCGGUGAUCUUCCGAAGGCCGGACGUCAAGGGAAUGGCCUCGCUCGCGCCCGACCUUUUGGUUCGAUGCUUUCCAUGGAAAAGAACAGGUGUUUCGCCUUUUGGGGUCCUCGCGCGAAUCUCUCGGGGUUUUUUCGUCAUUUUUGUUUGGUGGUCGCAUGGAAGCUUACACCUUGUUUUUUGAGCCGCCGGAGUCAAGGGGAAAGAAAUAAUAAUAAAAAGAAAACGGGUGACCGGUGUGGAGUUUUUUAUUUUCAUCUUCUUUUCAAAUAUGUUUCUCUUUAA